AUGGCCAGGCUAUAUCGCAGCAGCAGCAACCACAUCGGAAGCUCCUGCCGCUCCUACCGCCACCACAACCACAACCACAACCACCCAUCCGCCGCAAAAUCAGCAAAGAUCAUCCAAACCCCGAAACAGACACCUGCUGCCGCACCCCCGACCGACGUGAAGCUCGCCCGCGAAGCCUCCGCCACCAAUUUGAAGCGCAACCGUUCGCAUCACGACGUUGCACGGCGCAACAAGUCGUUUGAUCGCCUGCGCGCCCUCACCUCUGCGAAUAAACCGCGCACUGGCAAGAGGUAUACCGCCGUUAAUCAACCGCGAGUCCAAUUCGAGCUGGGGAUUGGACGCGACGACGAAGACGAAGACGAAGACGGCGACGACGAUAACGAUAACGAGGUUGACGACGACGAGUGGGUUGACGAUAACACUGGCGGCGCCAACACCCCAACUUGA